UGUAGCUGGGUGACUUCCAGGUUCCAUUGUCCCUUUGCAAGAUCCCCGAGCCCCGUUCGCCGGUGCUGGGAGCCCGGAGCCCUGGCUGCAGCCGGGAGAGGGGAAUCUCCAGCAGGGCCCUUCCCGCUGCUCCCAAGGAGCCUCUCCCAGGGCAGGGCCCCCCUUCCCAGGCCCCAGCUCCCAGGGCGGGCACCGCUCGGAGGGAAGAUCGUCCCAUCAGGCCAUGAAACAGGGACGGGAAACGGUGGGAGUGGAACCUGCUCGGAUGCCGGUGACCUUCGAGGAUGUGGCUGUGUAUUUCACCCAGGGGCAGGGGGCUCUGCUGGACCCCGCUCAGAGAGCCCUCUACAGGGACGUCAUGCAGGAGAACUACGAGACGGUGACCUCGCUGGCAGGAUUCCCCCUUCCCAAACCUGAGCUGAUCACCCGGCUGGAGCACGGGGAAGAGCCGUGGGUGCCCGAUCUCCAGGCCUGCGAGGAAAGGGAGAACCCGAGAGGCGCUGGCACAGCAGGUGAUGGGAUGGUGAGUGAAAACACAGAGGAGAAUCUGCAGCAGGAAGGUUCUGAGCAAGUGGAACCACGUGGGAUGUUAUUGGAAAAAUCUGAAGGGAGUUUUUCCCAGAGGCAUGAGCGGCAAAAAGCCUGGGGAAAUGGACACAAGCCAGAGAGGCAGCUGGGAACCCAUCCAGGGCAGAAAGUGGGUAAAUCCACUGAUCAUGGGGGAGUUUGCAAAGACCCCAAGGAAAUCAGAGCCCAGCCGAGAAUCCCAUCAGGAGCGAGAGACAACACAUGCACCGAGUGCGGGAAAAGCUUCAAUCGGAGCUCAAACCUUAUUUCACAUCAGAGACUCCACACUGGAGACAGACCUUUUAAAUGCCUUGAGUGUGGGAGAAAUUUUAAUCAGCGAGAGCACCUCGUUAGGCAUCAGAGGCUGCACACGGGAGAAAAGCCCUAUAAAUGCCUGGAUUGCGGGAAAAGCUUCAUUCAGAGCUCACAUCUGAUUAGACACCAGAGAGUCCACACAGGCGAGAGACCCUAUAUGUGCCCGGAAUGUGGGAGAAUGUUUCGCGAUGGUUCAGCCUUUAUUAACCAUCAGCGAAUCCACACAGGAGUUAAACCCCACAAAUGCCUUGACUGUGGGAAAAGCUUCAUUCAGAGCUCUCAGCUUAUUACACACCAAAGAGUCCACACGGGCGAGCGACCCUACAAGUGCCCGGAAUGUGGGAAAAUGUUUGGUGACGGCUCAGUUCUUAUUAACCAUCGGAGAAUCCACACGGGAGUUAAACCCCAUAAAUGCCUCGACUGUGGGAAAAGCUUCAAUCGGAGCUCAACCCUGGUUAGACACCAGAGAACCCACACGGGAGAGAGACCCUUUAUAUGCCUGGAGUGUGGGAAAAAGUUUAGUGAAAGUUCAGCCCUCAUUGUGCAUCAAAGACUCCACACUGGGGAUAAACCCUUUAAAUGCUCUGACUGUGGGAAAAGUUUCAUUCUGAUCUCACGGCUCCUUGCACAUCAGAGAAUCCACACGGGCGAGAACCCCUAUAAAUGCCUCGAGUGUGGGAAAAGGUUUAGUGACAACUCAAACCUUAUCAUGCAUCAGAUUAACCACACGGGAGAGAGACCCUACAAAUGCCUGGUCUGUGGGAAAAGCUUCAGUCACAGCUCAGAUCUUAUUAGACAUCACAGAACCCACACUGGAGAGAGACCAUAUAAGUGUCUGGACUGUGGGAAAAGCUUCAGUCAGAACUCAAAUCUUCUUAUACAUCAAAGACUGCACAAAGGAAAAAAACCUUACACAUGCACUGAGUGUGGUAAAAGCUUUAUACGGCGAUCACACCUUAUUUCCCAUCAGAGGAUCCACACUGGAGAGAAACCCUACAAGUGCCUUGUCUGUGCGAAAGGUUUCAAUCAGACCGCAAACCUUAUUUCUCAUCAGAGGAUCCACACAGGGGAAAAACCCUAUAAAUGUCUUGAUUGUGGGAAAGGUUUCAAUCAGGGUUCGCAUCUUAUUAGGCAUGAGAGAACCCACACUGGUGAGCAACCUUAUAAAUGUCUUGACUGUGGGAAAAGCUUCAUUCAGAGCUCACAUCUUAUUAGGCACGAGAGAACCCACACAGGUGAGAAACCCUAUAAAUGCCUGGACUGUGGGAAAAGCUUUGUUCUGAGCUCAGAUCUUAUUUCACAUCAGAGUAGCCACACAGGAGAAAAACCCUAUAAAUGCCUGCACUGUGGAGAAAGUUUUGAUUGGAACAUGCAGCUUGUUAGACAUCAGAAGCACCACACGGGAGAGAAACCCUACAAAUGCCUGGAUUGCGGGAAAGCAUUUAGUGACAGUUCUGCCCUUAUUAUUCAUCAGAGAGUCCACACAGGAGAGAAACCUUAUAAAUGCCUCGACUGUGGGAGAAGAUUCAAUAGGAGCGCGCACCUUACUAGACACAAGAGAACCCACACGGGAGACAAACCCUAUAAGUGUCCAGACUGUGGGAAAAGCUUCAAUCAGAGUGCGUACCUCAUUUCACAUCAGAGAACCCACACAGGAGAGAAACCCUAUAAAUGCCUCGAGUGUGGGAAAAGAUUCAGCUGGAGUUCCAAUCUGAUUUCACAUCAAAGAACUCACACAGGAGAGAGACCAUAUAAGUGCCUGGACUGUGGGAAAAGGUUUAUUGACAACUCUGCCCGUAUUAAACAUCACAAAAUUCAUACAGGAGAGAAGCCCUAUAAAUGCCUCGACUGUGGGAAAAGUUUCAGUCGGAGAUCAACCCAUGUUCGACAUCAGAGAAUCCACAUGGGAGAGAAACCUUGAAUGUUGGAGAUGCUUCAGCUGGGGUCAGCUUGUAUCAGGCAUCAGGAAAUCCAUACAGGGAACAGACUUCUUAAAUAUCUUUAACUUGGAAAAUGUUUCAAGAGGAAUUGACAUUGGAGACUCCACACAGGAGAGAAAUUUUAUCAGUUCCAACACUAGGACUGGCUUUAGUUUUUUAUUUUUUUUUAAAUCCAAUUCCUCUGCAGAUGUCUUUGAUUUCAUUCAUGCUAAGUCAGACGCAUGAGGGCUGGAGAUUUAAGUAUCACAGACCUGGAGGAGAAAUUCAAAUGAAUCCCCCACUCUGUGUGAUUGGUCAGAGCUUAAAUCCCAGUGUACACAUACUGGUGAAGCAGCUUCUGGUAUCUUUCCUACCAACCUCCGAUUAUUUGCAGACAGUAGUUUUGGUUUUCUCCUUUCAUUAGGAUGAUGCUAAAAGUUUUGUAACUAAGGUGACCGUCUAAGGAGGCUCCAAACAGAGCAGGUAUAGAGAGUUCAGAGGAGAACAUGGGAAAGUCUGUUCUCCUGAUUUUGAAUCAUCUGAAACAAGCUCCAGGAUGCUGAUUAUUAUGAAACUUAGAGUGUCUUGUAGUCCACACUGUAUUGGGGAUUGUUCUCUGUUUGCUGAAGGCCAUUUGGUCACCUAGUAGGAUAUUAGUUUUGUUUUGCAGGACAUCGUGCAGGUUUAUAAGACAAAUGACCGUUUGCUAAAGCACUGUCUUAUUUUACUGGUACCAUUUUAUGACCCUUUGCAUGAGAUCUUAGUGUUGUUUGAACAAUGAUUAUUGUACGGCACCAUCAGCACAAACACCGGACGGAGCCAGUGUGAGAGUCGCAGGCCGAGAGGCAGAGACUGAAAUGGGGAAGGAAGUUCCUGAUGGAUCCCUGCAGUGAUGGGAGAUAGGUCAGGAGAAAGAUAAAGGGCUGGGAAACUGCAGGGUUUUCUCUGGAGAGCCAGACAGCCGAGGCUGAGAAUUGUUAACUUGCUGCACUGGAGCCGGAGAGAGACAGGAACUAGCCUGUGAUCACUGGGUGAAACUGUCUGUGAAUCCCAAAGGGCUACAAAUGAUUCUGCUUGUGGAGUUGCUGGGUCUACCAGUGAUUCCUGGGUGAACGAAGCUGAGCAGAGAUAGGAAGGAAAUUAGGGAAGUCAACAGGCCUGGCCGGCCCUGAGGCCAGCUGAUGUCCAUCACUGCGACUGGAGGGCAAUGGAGAGUCUGUGAACCAAGAUGGUCACCGCUACCUCCCUCCACAGCGUCCUUUAUUGCGACGAUGGAGGCUCUCUCUGUCACACUCACCACAUGCACGCCAAGGACGUCCCUGGGGGAUAAACCCCUCAGCCGGGAUUGGAGAUGCUGCACCAUUCUCCGACUCCCAUUAACCCGAGCUCCUUGGCUUUCCUGCUCUCACAGUGUUUGCCUCUGUGACUGAAUCCCAGCAUCUCUAAUGGAUCCUCUGCAUUUUUCUGCCCACUGUACAAUGUUGCUUCAUUGCUGAUGCCUGUGGGAGCCAGGAGCAGCACCGUCCUGAGCUGGGGCUGAAAUGCCAUGUGCUGAGCUGGGCUCUGGGCGUGAGGAGGAGAUUUUAGCUUUUAUUUCUGGCUUGGAAAGAAUAAAGUGGAAUUUAGUUUCUCAAA